AUGGCCGGCGAAAAGCACAACGCCGACGCCGACAUUCGGCCGGCUAAUGAUAGCAGCAACCUAGACAUCAAGGACGAAGCUGGCGACCUUGCUGCAAGAGCGCUGAUUGCGGGAGCUGUAGAUCCAGAUACUUCACGGCUUGUUCGAAGGAAGAUUGACAUGCGCAUACUCCCGUUCCUAUGCAUUACCUACGCUCUGCAGUUCAUCGACAAGACUUCUUUGGGUUAUAGCUCAAUCUACGGCAUAAUUCCAGACAACAAGCUGGUCGGCCAGGAUUAUUCAUGGGUCAGCUCCAUAUUCUACUUCGGAUACCUGGUCGCGGAAUACCCAGGCGUUGCUAUUCUCCAAAGAUUUCCCGUGGCCAAGUUCCUGGGUGCUAAUAUUAUCCUGUGGGGGGUUGUACUCAUGGCAACGGCAGCUUGUUCCUCCUUCGGGGGACUUGCCACAGCUCGGUUUAUACUAGGUGUCACCGAAGCCACCAUUUCCCCUGGUUUCGUUGCCGUCACCGGAAUCUGGUGGACGAGAUCAGAACAGGCUAGCCGCUCGGCGCUAUGGAUAUCUUUUCUCGGUGUGGGCAGCUUCGUUGGCGUACUUAUUGCAUACGGCCUCGGUCAUAUCGUAGGAAGUCUUAGCACCUGGAGAUACAUUUACCUAGUACUGGGUUCUGCAACCAUCGUUUGGGGUGUGGUGUUCACGUUAUUCGUACCUGACAGCCCAACUCGCGUCAAAUGGCUCAGUGAAGAGGAGAAAGUCAUCGCAAUUCAACGAGUCGUGGAAAACAAGACUGGAACCAAGAGCCGACAUUUCGCUAUGGACCAGGUUUUCGAGGCUGCAACAGAUCCGAAGAUCAUUAUUCUUGGCCUGAUAUCAUUCGUUAAUGCGUUGGCUUCUGGUGGCCUCUCCUUUGGAUCUCUAAUCAUUACAGGAUUUGGCUUCGAACCACUUCAGGCCACCCUCAUGAAUCUCCCCUUAUCGACUGUGCAACUAGUCGCACAGUUAUUGUGUGGCUGGCUCAGCGCGAAGAUUCCAUUGUCUCGUCUGCAUGUUGCCAGCGUAGCUAUGGUUCCUCCGAUUAUCGGUACAUGUCUCAUCAAUCAACUUGCGACAACCAAUAAAUGGGGGAGGCUGGUGGGAGUGUGGCUCUUAGGAACGUAUCCCGUCGGAUUCAUGGUAAUCCUUGGCCUGCUCUCAGCAAAUAUCGCUGGCAGCACGAAGCGAUCAGUUGCAUCCGGAUGGGUAUUCGUGUGUUACUGUGUUGGCCAGAUUGCAGGUCCCCAAUUCUUCAAGAGUACCGAAGCACCUUCGUACCACGGAGGUAUCGCCGCCAUGCUUUCUGGCUUCGUUCUCAACCUCGUCUUGAACCAAAUUCUCCGCUUCCUCUACGUACGCGAGAACAAAAAGCGGGACCGUAGCCUCGAGGGCAAGUCGAGUGAGGAGAUUGCCGAGAUGAAUAGGGAAAGCGACAUCCAGGGAUUCGAAGAUGUCACGGAUAAAUACAACAUAAUGUUUCGCUAUGUGUUGUAA